AGGCGUUGAGUGGAUGGGGCGGGGCCUGAGACUUGCUCCCGAGUGCUCCACCGGGGAGGAUCCCCGCCUCUAGUUGACCCCGGAAGCAAGGUAUCCGGCUAUCCGGGUCCGGUGCUGAUGCAGCAGGGGACUGCACUGCGAGGUUCAGGUUUCCCUGGGCUGUAGAGUUGUAAAAAGAUCCCAGCGGCAGCGGCGAUGUUUCACUUCUUCAGGAAGCCUCCAGAGUCGAAGUCGCCCUCCACCCCGGAGAAGGAAGCAGAUGGAUUUGUCCUGUUAGGAGAUACAGCAAAUGAGCAAAGAGCAGCAGCAAGGGGUACAACUUCGGAAGCAGAAGGCAGUCCGCCGGCUAUGGACACAAAAAUUCAGACUGGCAAAGAAGACUCAUCCAGUGUGACUGUAGCAGGCCCCGAGGCGGAAAAUAAGGCAGGCCAGACUCUGGAGAACAGCUCGUUAAUGGCCGAGCUUCUGAGCGAUGUGCCCUUCACCCUGGCCCCGCACGUGCUGGCCGUGCAGGGCACUGUCAGUGACCUUCCAGACCACUUACUCACCUAUGACGUCAGCGAAAACUUGUCACGAUUCUGGUAUGACUUUACUCUUGAAAAUUCAGUGCUCUGUGAUUUAUAAUUUUUAUGUUUGUUUGUAUCUUAAGCUUUAAGACAAAAAUUUGCCCAUGUGUUUAAGCUGUUUGAUGUUUGUUGCCACUUCACUGUCCAAAGGCCCUCGGAAAAACGAGGAUUGUAAAGGAAAGAAAGUAACAUUACGUUCAUUGCUCUGUUUUUCAGAAUAAAGUAUAUUUGUAUAAAAUGGAACCUAAGUUUUACUUCCUUUCCCGUGAAUAACAAAUAUGAAAAUUAGGCAAUCAUAGUUUUAUGAAAGGAGUAGGGUCCUUCAACCAGGCCCUCAAAAUACAACACCUCAAACUGAUCUUAGAAGAACCAUGAAGAGGAACCUUCAGAGCAUUCGCACCCUCAAGGCAUUUUCCUUGGUUUCUACAAGUCAAGUCCAUCCUGAGAGCGAGUGUGAACUCCCUUCUCUGGUUUGGAGGAAGCUUGAAUCAGUAUUAUUCUUUCUUCUUCCAAAGUGUUUAUGAAUGAGUUCAGAAAAAAAUUAUCACCAGUUAACCUGAAUUUCUUCAGUCUCCAUAUAGACUCUGACGUGGAAAUUGAAAACUUGCCCUAAAAAGCAGGGGGACUUGUCAGGCCUGGGAAGCUCAGUCUGUUAGACAGAGCACUAUCCCAAUACACGAAGGUUGUGGGUUUGAUCCCCAGUCAGGGCACGUACAAGAAACAACCAUUAAACGCAUCAGUAAGUGGAGCAAGAAAUGGAUGUUACUCUCUCUUCCUCUCUAAAAUCAAUAAAUGAAAAAAUAAUUUUUAAAGCAGGGGGAGUUUGCUGAUAAGAGUGCUAUAACAGGAACGCUCUGGAUGCUGUUUCUUUGUGUGAUAAAUUUCCGUUUCCUUAAACCCAUGGCAUUUCUUUGCACCUUGAAUGAUUCCUGUGCUCCUGCCUUUGUUUUCUGCCCGAUGCUCCUCCAGAAUGUUCUUCCUCACCAGCUUCCUGAAGGACUUUCCUGCUUCUGCCUUGGUUAGCAUUUAUUCCCCCAACCACAUAUGUCCCCCGAUAUGAAGAGAAUCCACACUUCCUUUCCACCUCUCUGCCUCCCAAAGAAAAACAUCUCAGGAUGCUGCAGGUUACUGCUGACAACACCCUCAUUUAGAAACCCGUUGGCCACAGUACAGAUGGAAGCGUUUUACUGCUAGAAAAACUGAAAGCAACUCAUUUCCAACUGGAGCACAGGCAGAACACCUAGAUACGAUUUUCAGUUCUUGAAUAUCCAUUAUAUAUUCCAACUAAAACAGCCGAGAACUGCCACGGGUCAGUAAACUGCAGAGGGAAUAAACUGUGAUAGUGUUUUCCGUGCCAUGUAAAAUUUGAUCCCAUUUGUUCUGUAUAGUAGCAAUGUGAUUUAUUAAUUCUGUGCCAAAUUCUAAGUAUAUUUUUCAUGAAGAUAGAGUACCAUAGCAAAACUGAACACUGUGCAUAAAGGUACAUGAAUUAUUCAAGUUUUAAUGUGUUAUGCAUGUUUGUUUAAUAAAAGUGGCAUGUUCUUGAUAAAAAAGCUAUGUUAUUUAAAAGAUACACAUUUCUACUGCCCCAAAUGUGUGUCACUUACAAAUAGUUUUACCACCAAGGUAAAUGGUUAAAUUAGAUCUUUACAUAGUUUCAUAAAACAUCAGUCUAGGAAAUGUGACUUGUUACUAAACAAAUGGGAAUGUUUUACAGCACUUUUUUGUGAAAGCCCAUCCUUAAUACCCAUGUUAAUGUACCUUAAAGCCAAAUGAAGCCUGUCAUCAAUUUAGCUAAUAUGUGUUAAAUUUUGCCUCAAAUACUUAUACAUUUCAUUUAUAUUUUUGUCUACUAUGUUAUAUAAAUAUGCUGAUACAUAUUUUAAUUUGCCUAAAAUUGUU